GAAAAGAGAACGGAGACAUGAUUCACCAUUGAUUGUCAUCACUUUUUGUUCCCCAAGGUAUUAAACAAUCGUCUUAUCCGGCCGAACAUUGCAGACAUCUCCCUUGUCUGGGUCAAAAUAAACCACAUCUGCUCACCAUGCAUGACCUCCCCGCGUCACCAACAAGCCGAUCAUCAACCCGACAGGAUGUAAAACCCUCUCAAUCACCGACCGAACGAUGACAGACAUAAGUGAAGGCACUGGCAGAGACGGCCACAGAGGACCUGGAAUUCCCAGAUCGAUUUUUAAUGGCGGGAUCGUGGAGAAGAUUGAGGCUCCGUCGCCAACAAACACUGCGAGCACAUCCUUUUCCUCAGUCGAACCACGGGUAGACGCAAAUGGCAGCGACGUAUCCGAUCUUGAGGACGAAGAGCUCGAUGGUGAAUCAUAUCGCGAGCUCUAUGAUGAGCGACCAAAUAAAUUCGUGGGACACCCAAACACAUACAGACGGUGGAUUGCGCCAGAGCGAGCGGUCGUAGAUGCCCUGGGUGUACAACAGGCCAACAAUCUGGGUCUUCACCUUUAUUGUGUCGAGAAGCUUAGGAAGUUCAUACUAUAUAGAGCACGCAGUGCCCUGGACAGUGGAAGGAUAAAGAAGAGACGGAGAAAUAAACGCGGUAGUGCCGAUGGUCGCCAACUCGAUCCUGUCCUUGAAGAACUCUCGCUCUCGGACUUCAAACCAACGUAUCCGCACUCCGAAUCUGCUGGGGAUGCCCAAAUCUCAACACAUCUUGGCCCUGACGCCAAAGACCUUCCAGAAGUCUGGCUACCACCAGAUUCUUGGACCACUUGGCCACUAAAGGUCGGUCAAGUGCCGAACGAGAAUGAUACAUUCGAGGCACAUCGGCACACAGAACAGGAUGGGCUGCUCGCGACUCCCAAUAAUACGGGCCAUGCGGUGCCGAGCAUGUGGAUGCAUGAGCUUCUUACCAGCUUGAUUUUAAGGAAUGCAAGAUGCCUUGCGAACGAACGGCCUCGUCAUCGCCGGCAUCAAUCGAUGCAGCCACGGAAGCGCAAGCCGAGAAAGCCUAAAAUCAAUGACAAGGGGUCCGAGGAGGAUGCCGCUUCAGAGACCGAUGUCAGCUCCAAGUCUGAAAUCUCCAGACCGCGGCUAAAGGUCAAAUUUCAGUAUAAACCUGGGGACGUGAAGGAGAAGAGAUAUUUUCCGGUUCUUCUCGAAGAUGAAGACGCCAUCCAGAAAGUUGUUACACCGACUAUUAGGUCGAUUCUAUCCGGACUUGAUCGCUUACUCGUCUGUUCUGUCGAUAGUGAGCACCGGGGACAGUUGCUCAAGAGGCUCGAACACCCGGUGUAUUCAUCUUCUUCGGAGGAUGAACAUGAAUUGAGAAGCCAGACAAAUCAGAAACAGGGCACUACCAGCGGAGCUAUUACAGAGGUUCGGGAAUCGUCCUCACAACUUGGCAUUGACCCUUCGGCUUCUGACAAUCAAGAACCGGCGAAGAGGAAGAGGGGUAGGCCGCCAUCGAGCGUCCCCUCAGCCAACGAAGAUUCUCCGGAGAGCGAAUCCGCAGCUUCAACGAAGACACGACGAGGACGACCGCGAAGUGUGACCCGUAUCAACGGCGAGAGUUACUACAUGGCUCGUAAAAGGCGACAGUCACAGGAACCUUAUGCAGAACGAGAAGAAUCAAGAGCACCUUCUCGGGGCGCCCCAUACCCCUCUAAAAGAAUGCGUACGGAAACGACGGGAGGCGUUACUAUGGGCCUGGAUCCGGUAUCCACGGCUUCCAUCAAUCAAUCAAGUUUUCGAUUCGGUCCCAGCGUAGACUCUUCCGGGUUCAAAGUGCAGAAGCUGCAAUCCAAGCCCAUGGAUUGGAGGGCUAUCCUUGGACGCGCAGCGCUCCUUGGUUGGAAUAGCACUGUUCUGGAUCGAGCAACUCAAAGAUGCGUGGAUUUGUUCAACGAGCCGAUGGCGUUUGACGUUACGCUGUCCGGAUCUGCAACAGAACAGCCCGUCAAUGUCGUCUUUCCCACUUCGCGAAAAACCCCAAAGUCCCCAUCGAUCGCCAAUGCAUCCGCUUCCCGUCGACCCAAACCGACUUUCAAGCCGUAUUGGGACGGUGACCAGUUGUUUUGUCCAAUGCCCACCUGUUCUCGCCAUUGGGAGAAGUUCGAGACCACCCGUCAGUUGACUCAUCACUGCCGCAAGGUUCACAGGUUUGAGCCACAACCAGAAGCGGUGGCUAGGAAGGCAGAAUCAAAAAGAAGCUGCAGGAGAAAGAAAGCCGAAAGCUCUGAAGGCCGUCGGUCUCGAUCCAGGUCGCAGUCUCGGGCAUCUCUCGCUAGCGACUCCCCACAUUUUGACAUGUUCAUCGGUGGUGUCAGAAGUGAUGGUUUUCUAGGAACAAUAGACCGCGAAAGAGGAUGGCAUACCCAGGAGAUUUGGGAUGACAUGGGCCAUGACGAUUCUAACGAUAAUCCUCCUACAGGGGGUCGGGAUGAGGACGAAACGGAAGAUGAUGGUGACAACGAUAUUUGUAGCGAAAGGAGUACAGUUGCUGGAGCUUUACCGCCGGAUGACUCGAGCAGCAGUAACCCAUUGGAAUUUUCUAGCAUUCCCCCUGGAUCCGGCCGACCAUCAUCAGGUUACAGGCCGGUGCAGGAUUCCAACAACGCCGGUUUAUCCGCUACCACAGGCUAUUCCGAUGACGAUGAAGACGAACUGUAACUCCAUGGCGUAAGGAAGGCACCCCGUUUUAGUUGUAAGAAGUCAUGUUGCCGAAGCAAUUAGCAUUAUACCCUCUUCUAUAUCCUUAACUAAUUUCGGCUUCGACCUUAAUCUCGCGCCGUUCAGUCUUCACACUGCCGCCACAUGUCAAUGAUGAUCUGAAUUUCUUGCUCCGAAGCAUUGGCCCGCGUUUUGUGAUGCAU